GUUAGCGUCUUGUGAUUUUUAUUUUUCAUCUAACCUCUCUUUUCAUCAUAAUUGAUAUUGUAUCACAGAAUUGUAUUUGCAAGCAUAGACCGUGUUUUUCAAUCAACGUGGUUUGUUAAAAGCGAUUUGAAUUUUCAUUAUUUUCUAACGUACAUAUUUUUAUUUAGGUAAGUUUAAUACCUACAGUAAAUAUUUUUAUUUAGAUUUACCAAUUAAAUAUUAUAUACUGGGCGGCAUAACUCGGCAUGUUGUAUGGUUUAUAUUAUGUAUAAUUUAGAUAUAAUGAGAUCAUCAUAAUAAUACUGUGAAACCUCUGAAUAGUGGACACCCUCGGUCGCCGAAUUUUUGUUCGCUAUUCGUAGGUGUCCGUUAUUCAGAGGAUUAAAUUUUUGAAAUUUAUAAAGGAUAAUAAUAAGUUAAAUUAAAUGGUAUAAAUCUGGUUUCGGGCUCAAACUCGUUUUUAAAUUAUUUUUUUUUCAAAAUUUAUGUUUUUGCCAAUGCAUUAAGAAUUUAAAAAUAAGUGACGAACUUUGUUUAGAAGUUACGGGAAAAAACUUUAUGAAGUUCAUAUUUUCAUUUCUCGUAUUUCUGAGUGAAAAUUUAUUAUUUUCUAUUUUUUUUUUUUCAAAUUUUUUUUUUAAAUUCCUAAUCCAAUGGUUUAAUUAAAACUUAUCUAUCAUACUGAAUUUUGAAGUUAUUGUACCUGCAUAAACCUUAACAAAUUUUUGGAAUUAAUUCAAAAUGUGGUCAAAAAUAGACAUUUUUUAAAUUAUUAUUAUGAUUUGUAUUUAUAUUGUUAUUUUAAUAACAAAGUUUUUUUUAUUGAAGUCUGAAUAAAUCUAUCUGGCUUAGUUAGGUAUUAGUCUUGGCUAUUCGAAAUAAACAAUAUAAAUAUUAAUACACUAUUUGUAACACUACAAAAAAUGGGAAUUCAAUAUUAUUCAAUCGAUAUAAGUAAUUUGUAUUUUGACUUAUAAAUAAGUUCUAUGUAGAAGUUCUCAAUACUUUAUACUGGGUUGGAUUACAAACCAAUGUAAUUGUCAAUUAAAAAAGUAUUGUGUAAUUUGAAAUGUUACUGUAGUCAAGUUUGAAUGAAUCGUUGUUCAUUAUUAUAAUGAUGAAUGUUAUAUAUUUUUUUUUUUCUAAUGUUUUAUUAUUGUUAUGUAUUUACAUUUAGGUGGCUGUCCUUUAGUUAAAAAUAAUAUUCUCUCUUAAUGUUCAGCUUACAGAAAUAAUGGAUCAAUCUAAUCGAAAAGUAUUAAACAAAAGCCAUAGAGAAGAAUCAAUUGUUAGUGCUAUUAAUGUGAAAAAAUUUCAUUCUAAACACAGGUUAUUACAAGUCAAUUUCAUUUUAUAAGUUAUAAUUGAUAUUUAAUAAUAUUUAAAAUAAAUUUAAUACAUAUUUGAUAUAGAUAUUUAAUUUAAAAUAUCUACAUGUAUAAAUGGAGGUCUACAAGGAAAAAUGAUAAUACUAAAAAAAAAAAAAAAAUAAAAAUAAUAGGAUAUUUAUAAUAUUAUCAUUUUGUCAUUCGUUUCUAGUCGAAUUGAUAUGUGAAUCAAGUUGGGGCAUAAAGAUCACAGUCAAUGAUAUAUCAAAGGUUUAAAUAUACGGUUUAAUAAGGUUUAAAUUUAAUUCUGAAACUUUAAAACUGCAAUACUGAAUGUUUUAAGAAUAUUAACUAUUAUCGUUUUUCCAUUAUAGCCCUUUAAAUGUUUCAUUACUUAAUCUACAAAGUAUCUUAAUUUUGGUAGUUUUAAAGGAUGAAAACACUUAUUGUAAAAAAAUUAAAUUUACAGAAUAUGUAUUUUUAAAAAACAACAGGUUUUGAUGUAAUUGGUAUUAUCAUUUUAAAAUUUCACUUUUACAAAUUUCAACUAUCUACAUAAUAUUAUUUUCUUUCAGAAAUGGGGCCACACGUACAUGCCAGGGUAAGAUUUCUGGUAGAAUUUGUGUACAUAGUAUAUAUAUAAAAAAAAAAAAAAAUAAACAUGAUUAAACAAAUGCAUUUCUUGAUUCGCUCAAAAUUUAAAAGAUCUGAUACCGGGAAUAAGUAUGUCACUGCUGUAGGUGGGAAGUUGGGAAGAUAGGAUAUAUUAAGUUAUUUAAUUUAUACCAGUAACAAAAGAUAGACCAUUGCUCACGAAAAACGAUUCAGAGCAAAGUUCAGUUAUAUAUGUUAGAAUUACAAAAAAAAAUUAAAAUUUAAUAUAUUGAUACAAUUAUUUUCAUAAAUUUUCCCAUUCUUUAUAUUCUACUUUUAAUCGGUUGAGGUACAUAUGAAAGUUUUAUCGGUAAAUAAAUUUGAUCAAAUUUAAAAAAAUUCAAGUGUUAUACAAUAAUUAUUAUCUUCUGUUGUAAUCGAUAAUAAUCAAUCAAUUAUCAAUGUUUCUUUGAUUUUUAGUUUUAACUCAAAAAGAAAAUUAAAAUAUAAUUCACCUAAGGUUGUUUAUAAUGAACAAAUUAUCCAAUCCACUGAUUUUUCUGGGCCAACAAAUCAAAAUAUGAAUAAUCUUAAUGUUCUAACUCAAAGAUCAGGUAAUUUACUUUAAAAAAAAAUAUAUACAUAAUAUUAUAUUUUUUUUUAUUGAAAUUAUAAUUGUAAUUUAUUUUAGAAUUUGUGUAUAGUGAAGAAGUUAUUAUGUGUGUGUUUUUAUUCUCGGAAACACCUUUUUGAUUAUUAAAAAUGUUCUAAUAUUUUUUAAAUGGUGCACCUUAGAAAAUAAGAACUUCUUCAAAUGGUAUUUUCUUUGAAAAUAUUGUCUGCAACCUCACCAGUUUUUCUAAAAAUUAAUAAAUAAACUCACAAGAAAUGGCAAAUAUUACUCUUGUAGUAUGUUACCUAUUAUAACUUAGUUAAUUUAGUAUGCUAUCUUUGUGAAAACUUGAUAUUUUCUAUAUAAUAUCAUAUUCUUACGUAAUAUGUUACAUUUGUAUUUAAUUUUAUUACUGAACAGUACCUGUGACCAAGUCAUUCAAGUAAAAAAAUCUCUAAUCUCUAAUUAUAACUGGUAAUUAUCCACCAAUAUAACAAACAAUUAAUUAUAGAUACAUUAUUUUAGUUUAUUUUGUGUCCACAUGUGUAUUUUUGUGCAGAGUUUUACUUUGUAUACCUAUAUAUUUUUUUUAUUUGUGUAUAUAAUGAGUAAAUAAAUGCACCAUUUGUAUGGGCAUAUCAUUUAUAGUUAAGAAACGUGUUAACUGUCUUACAGAGAAAAACUUGCUGCUUGAUAGUUGUCCCACAUUAAGGUAUGGUGUUGUAUGUGGAGGCAUGUUGAGAGAGUAUAAAAAAAAUAAUGGUAAAAGGGACUCUAAUGGUGAAUUAUUAAAAACUACUUAUCUGCGAUGUCAAAAAAAAGGUUGCCAAACUUACCACUCUCUAAGAAAAAAAAUCAGCAAUACAUCAAGUAAAUUUUAAUAAAUGUAUUAUUUGUAUUAUAUUGUAAUUAGUUUAAGUAAAAUACAUAACAUAUAACAAUUUUUUAAAAUGGUUUUUACAGUACCAAGGCAUCAUAGUGUACUGAAAUGACAAUAUAUCAUUAUACAGAGUGAUGAUUUUUUUUAUUAUGAAUCAGCAAUUUUCUCUGAGUAUUAUAAGUGAAUUUGAUUUCUGUUUCUUUUUUAAUCAUUUUGGAAUAGUUAAAGCUUUAUUUAUAAACCAUUUUUAAUUUUUUUAUGCCUGCUCGAUAUACCUUAAAUAAGUGUAUACUUUUGUUUUUCAAAUAGGAACCCCUAUUUUUGAACAUUGAUUCGAGUAGAGAAUAUUUUUCUUUUUGAUAUAUAUAUAACACUAAUAUCAGAUUUACUGUUUAUGAGUUAUAACAGUUUAAUGAUUAAAUUGGAUUGGGGAAGAGUAAUAAAUUGGAUGUCUAUUAUUAAAUGAUAAAUUGAUAAUUCUUCCCUAUUCCUCGAAAAUACAAAGGUAUAUACUUAUUUAAGGUAUAUGGAGUAUGGUUAAAAAUUUAAAAAUGACUUUAAAAUAAAGUUCAAUUGAUUUUACAAUGAUUAAAAAAGAAACCAAAAUAAAAUUUACUUAAAUUAUUCUGAGAAAAUUACAGGUUCAAGAUAAACAAAACCACUUUCUAUACGUUUUUGGUAAUUUCUUUUACCUUGGCUAAAAAAGAAAAAUAUAUCUGAUAAUACAAUUGUGGGAACCUAUCAGUAGUAACUUUUUUUACUGCUGCUAGUAGCGGUACAACUAAAAUUUAAAUAUGUAUUUAAAGUACGGAUGGACUGGAUACCACUUUUUACUAAUAUCUGAUAUUACAAUACUCUGAUUUUAAAAUCUUAGAUACAUAUAUAUUGAUUUAAUAUUAUAAUUAACCAUUAUACUGAUUCAAAAUUUAAUUUUUUAAAAUACUUUACACAUAUUCCAGAGACAUAACAUACAUAUUUCUCUUAAAAUCUCUAGAAAUUAGUUUUGAAAAAAAAAAUUGUUAUCAUUGGACUUAUGUAUUACUCUUAAAUCUUAAUUGAUUCUAAGAGUAAGUGUAAGUAAUUAUAUAAGGUUUCACUGGGUUAAUGUUUAUGUGAUGUAUCUUAUCCAGUUCAAAUCAAAUGAUUGUGGUCUUAAUUUUUACUUUUUUCUCUACUUUGUUCCAAAAUCAAAUUUCAUUUUUUUUAAAUAAUUUUUGUUGUUUAUAUUGUACAAACUGUACAAAUAAUGAUGUUGGAAUAUUAUUAAUAAGUAACAUACUGAUACAAACUAAACGUUUUUAUCUCCUGAACAAUUUGUAAUAAUUGAGUUAGUAGACAUAGGCACUUAGCUGUCAAUAUCUAAACCUUACAUGUUUUUCACUGACUCGGUUUUUAUUUUACACUUAGUAAACUAACUUUAAGCGUUAUCAUUGGAUAAACUCGUUGAUGUUUUUUACUUUGUUUUAAUAAGUGGUGGUUUUAAUUGACUAGGAAGUAUGUUUUAGGUUUACAUUUCAGACAUAAUCAAUUGUUAUAUAAUGAAAGUUAUUAAAAAAAUGUAUUUAUAAUUAGGUGACAAGGUUACAAAAAAAAUGUAUCAAGUUAAUUAUUCUGCUAAUCAAAAGAAAGAUGAAAAUAGAAAAGCAGUGCAUAGUGAUAUUGAUACAAAUAGAUUAUCACCCUUUGAAGUGCAGUAAGAAAUCCUUAAUUUGUGUUUGAUUUUAGAUAAAUAUAAAUGUAUUAGAAACUUAAUAUCUAAACAAACUACUAAAUACUUCAGUAUCAAGGUAUUAAACAAAUCCAAUUUGUAUUAUUUCAAAUUUGAAUAAUUCAUUAUAAGAAAAAUAUUUAGGGAUUUUAUCUAAUUAAUAAUAACUAAUAAGUACCUAAUUUCUUCUAUAAAUAAAUAUAGAAGAAUAUAAAACAGUAUAUACAUACUGUUUGAUAUUUUUAUUCAAUUUGAAUUACAUUUAGUAUUUCUGGCAAGAUGAUAUUGGAUUUAAAUAGGGUUUUUGGAAAAUUGUGUAAAGUCAUAGUUUACUUUUCUUUAAUACAAUUUUAAAAAUGUUUAUUUUAGCAAUCCUCACCUUUUGAAGUUUGAAUUACAAUUCAAGUGUGAUGUCUUGGACAUACUUUAUAAUAAAUAUGCUAUAAUAGCGACAACAGUAUAACUUACAAAUGAACAAGUCAUACAUAUUGCAGGUUUCACUAUCACACCAAGUCAUCUUGCUAAAAUAUUUAAUAUUACUUGAAUAAAUGUUUACUCUGUAUAUAUUAUAUACAUAAAAAUUUAAUUAUUAUAUUGUAUAUGUAGUUCAAAUACAAAUAGAAUAAAAAGAACUUCAGCAGUUGAUAAAAGAACAAUAGUUAACAGCGAAAUAUUUCAAACUAAAUGUAAACUAAAAUAUAUGCAAAAAAACCUGGGUAUUUCAAUUUUAUUUAUUUAAAUUUCAAUGUUAAUAAUAUUCUUAUUAUUGUUUUUUUUUUUAUAUAUAUUUAUUAAGUUAAUUGUGAGCCACAUAUAUUACAAAUUAAGGACCAGUGUAGUGAUAUAUAUUAUAAAAUAGAAAUAAAAUGUUUAAAUGAAAAUAAUGAACAAAUUCAAAAUAUUGAAGAAGCUAUGAAUAUAGAAGAAACAGAAACGUCAUUUAUCAUACAUAUAUCUUCAGCUCAAAAACAAAUAUUAAACAGUGGUAAUUAAUUUUUAAUUUUUAUAUAAUAUUUAAAAAAAAUUAUAUGUUACUAAGCAUGUGUUUUAAAAAAAAGGUGGCAGUAUUUUAGUUAAAAAAGGUAUAUUUCCUAUUGGUAUUAAGUUAACAAAAAUAAUUGAUCAACCUAAUAAAAAAGUAUCUUACAAAAACUAUAAAAAUGAAACAAUUAGUAGUGUUAGUGAUGUUAAAAAAAGAUUUAAUGUAGAACUUAAUGUUGAAGCAAAAAAAGAAAUGGAUAUUCAAAGCUCUCUAAUACCAAUAAAACUGGGUAAUUUAUUUUUAAUUUAAUAUUUAUCAUAUUCAUUGGUUAUAAAACACAAGUUAUUAAAUAAAUAUAUUUAUAAUUAGAUGAUUUGGCUAUAAACAAUUUUUAUCAACUUGCUAAUUCUGCUAGUCGAGAUUAUUUAUUGAAAAAAGUUUUAAACGAUGUAGUGGAUAAUGAUGUUUAUGUGAAUAUGACUAGAUUGUCAUCCAUUGAAGUUCAGUAAGAAAUUUUUAAUUAUUUAUUUGUUUCUAAAUUUAGGUAAAAGCAUUAGAUACUCAAUAUUCAAACUAAUUAUUUAAGUAUCAAACGGUAAAAAAAAAAAUUAAAUUAUAAGUUUUAGUAAUUUAAUAAUUCGAUAAAUAGUAAGACCAUUUUUAUCUAAUUACUAAUAACUAAUAAGUACAUUAUUUUUUCUAUGAUUAAAAAUCAUAUAAUAUACAUGUAUAAUAUAUGUAUUACAGUUUGAAAAUAAAAUAAAAUUUGAAUUUCAUUAAAUAUUUUGGCUGAAUGGCUACAGAUUUAAAUCAGGAGGAUGAUAGAGCAGUACUGAAAUACACAUUCCAGAUUAUAUUUAAAAUGUUAAACUUUUGCUUAUGAGUAUCGUAAAAUUGUUAAAAAUUAAAAAUUUAUAUUUUUUAAAUUCUUAUUACUUUCUAAAAUUUAAAUUAAAAUCCAAUUAUAAUAUCUUUUAUUACAAUAAUUAUAACAAAUUAAUCACAAUGUACUUAUUACAGAAUUCACGCUCUAACUAAACGUAUGGAAAAAGAACGGGGUAAUUCAAUUUUUAUUCAAUAUAUAUUUAGAUUUAAAUUUUAAUCAAUUUUUAAUUUGUUUAAUUUAUUAAGGUGAUAAUUGUGAGCCAUAUAUAUUACACAAUAAAGAUCACACUGGUGAUGUAUAUUAUACAAUGGAAUAUAUACAUGAAAAUAAUGAAUGGAUUCAUAAUAUUGAAGAAGUCAUGAAUGUAGAAGAAACAGACACAUCAUUUAUGAUACAUCUAUCUUCAAGUCAAAAGCAAAUAUUAAAUAGUGGUAAUUAAUUUUUAGUCUACAAUUUAAAAAAAAAAAAAAAUACAUGUUAUUAAACAAUUAAACAUUUAAAAAUAUUUAUUUAAAUAAAGGUGGCAGUAUUAUGGUUAAAAAAGGUAAACUUCCUAUUGGUGUUAAGUUUACAAAAAUAAAUAAACAAGUUAACCAAGAAGUAUCAAACAAAAACCAUACAGAAGAAAUAAGUCAUAGUGUUAUUAACGUAAAACAAUUAUGUAGUGUAGAACUUAAAAGUCAUAGACAUUUUGAAGCAAAAAAUGGCAUUAAUAUUCAAAGCACUUGUAUAUCAAAACAACUGGGUAAUUUUUUUUAAAUUUAAUAUUUAUCAUAUCAUUCAUUAGAUACAUAAUACAUGCUUUUAAACAAAUAUAUUUAUAAUUAGAUGAUUUGGUUAUAAAAAAAAUUGAUCAACUGAAUUCUACUAAUCAAGAUUUAUCGAGAAAAGUUAAUAGAAAAGCAGUACAUAAUGAUAUCUAUAUGAAUAUGAAUAAAUUACCUAUAGAAGUACAGUAAGAAAUUUUUUACUAUUUGUGUCUGAAUUUAUAUAAAUAUAAAUGCAUUAUAUACUAAACAUCUAAAUUAACUACUAUAUACUUAAGUAUCAAAUGAUAAAAAGAACUAAUUCAAUUUAUACAAUUUUAAGUUUUAAUAAUUUAAUAAUUCAUUAAUAAAAUGAAAACAUUAAGAAAUUUGUAUUUAAUUAUUAAUAACUAUUAAACAAGAUUUAAAUGUUAUUAAAUGUUUGUUUUGUUUGUAGUUCUAACAUUUUGAACAAUUUGUCUUCCACUGUUGAUAAAACUGAACAAAUGUUUAAUAUUUCACCUCAAGGAUUAGGUAAUUUACUAAUAACUAAAAAUUAAUGAUGGUUUAUAAAAAAAAUAAUUGUUUAAUCUAGCUGGCGGAUCAAAUACUACAAAGGUGUAUGGAAUAAUUGAUUCUUUACCAUCUUCAGCACCUAAAUCAAUGAUACAAGGUAAUUUAUUUUAAUUUUAGAUUCUGAUUGAAGCAAAGAAUUAGUUUUAUAAUGAUGUUUAUUUUUUUUCUACGAAGAAUUGUCUUCUAGAAAUUUUGUUCCAAGUAGCAAGUUUGCUCCAAGUUUAGUACCUUUUUUGAAAGCAGUUUCUCAAUAAUCAGGUGUGUUGUGUGUAUCAAACACAUGAGUCUAGGGCCCCAGACUACAACAGGGGGCCCAAUAAUAAAAAUUGAAAAAUAUGUAGAAACAAAAUAAAAUAAUUUUGUUAUAGUAAUUAUUAAUGAAGAUUGAACAAUUGAUUGAUUUUUGUUUUGUAUACAUUUUCAUACAUCAACAUUUUUUAUAACUAAAAUUAAAAAUAAUUUUGUUGCAAUUAACUCCACCAUACGCAAACCUUUUUUAAUUUUUGCUUCUUCUUUUCCACCUAUGUUUAUCAGUACAGUUUGAUUUCUGUAUAAGGUAUAGCUAUUUUUUAAAAUUAGCUAUUUUAUGCUAAUUACUUCUAAGAUACCCUACAAUUUACUCCAAUGCACAUUAUCAAAGGCCUUCUCUGGUCAAAAAAGGCAAUAAAUUUGUCUUAAAACCUUCUAGUUCUCUUUUUUAUUUAUAUUCUUAGAGUUAUUAUUGCUUCUCUUGUACCUAUAUUUGUCCUGAUCCCAAAUUGUUCUCUAUUGAAGUAUCAUUUGUGUGGCGGUAUGGUGCGCGGGCAUGUUUAUAAUGUACCACUACUCUCCUCUAUACUAAACUUAAAAGUGGAAUAUCUCGUCAAUAACUUGACAGAAAUCAAAAAUAUCAACACUCAAAUUUAUUUUAAUUAAUAAUCUAUUUAUGGAAUUUUUAAUAUAGGUUGCCAUUUGAAAAACAGAAGUAUUUAGGUAGAGGUUUUACCUCCAAAAAUAAGUGUAACAAAAAAUAACAUAAAUAUAAAAUUGUAGAGCUGCUUGUUUCUUAAAUGUUCUAGAAAACAAAUUCCAAAAACAGUUAUUACUUUCCAAGAUAAUGAGUGUAUUUAAAUGAAUCACGCGGUAUAUAUUAUAUUUUUGAUUAACUUAUAAACUUGAAAUACUAGCAUACAAAAAUAUUUAUAUUUCCCACAUAUGAGUAAAUCAUUUAAAAAUAUAACUAAAGUUCAUAUUUUUAAUUAUUAGGAAUCAUCAUAAGAAAUUGAAUAUAGAUUAAUAUUUAAUUAAUAUAGUCGCUCUUGACUAACAAACCACCUAAAUUCCUUAAUUUUAGUGCUAAAUUCAGACAUAAUUAAUGGCAAUUGCCCUUGCAGAUUAAAGUGUAAAUGGUGUCUGGAUCUAAUUCUAUAGGAGAAAAAAAUAAUAAUAAAAAACACAAUCAAAAUUAAACUAAUCUCGAUAUAAAGUGUCGCUAUUGGGUGGCUACUUUAUUUUCAUGUAUCUCCAGCCAUAAUUUAUUUCCAGAUACUAGCUUAAUGUAAUUAUUGAUUUAAAAAUUGUUGGUUUAAAAAUAUUUAAAAGAAAAAAUUUAUUAUUGACAAAGUUGCAAACCUAUUCACCGAACUCCGUUCAGAAUAGUUUUUUUGUUAGCAAUGGUUAAUUUUUGCGUACAGUUAUACAUUAAAUUUCCUCUCUACUACCGUUUAAACUUCUCACCUAUAACAGUGGCUGCACCUACCCCAUUAUUCUAGGACUGCUUUUUGUAUAUGAAAAUGAAUUUGAUGUGGUAAGUUUUAAUAUUAGUGUAUCGGCCUAUUAUUCAACUUAAAGGUAAAAACAUUGUCUGAUUUGUAAGUUUUAAUUUGUUGACAUUUUAAUUUUGAUGCAAGUUAAAAAUUUAUUGUGAAAUUUUCCAAUUUAAAUAUCAUCAAAUCUGGUUUAAAAAUUUAAAUAUAGAAAAAUCCAAUGUGCUUAUAAAACAACGGUUCUCGUCUUUAAGUUUAAUAAUAUACUAAUGCAGUCUACUAAUAUCUCAAAAUCUGUUUAAGUAUAAUUAUAACUAUAUUAACCGAUUUUGCUACAUUAGCGGUAACAUAUUAUGCAUCAAGGAAUUUAAAUCUGUUAUCAAUUCUAAUUGCCUACCACAUCAAUUGGAAUAAUUAUUUAACUUAAAAUUUUUUAACCAAAUAGUUCUAAAAUUAUUAAUUUAAUUAAUUAUUUUAUUUGUUAUAAAUAUUUUAACUUUAAUAAUUUUUGUAAAUGUAACCUAUUUCAGUGAGUAAUUCAUUGUUAAGAAUAGAAAAAAUAAAAACUGAUACAUCUGAAGAAAAUGAAAAAUUUUCCGACAAUGGUUUUGAAAAUAUCAACAGUUACAAAGAUUAAAAGAAUUUCUCCUCACUGAAAAAUUAUGUGUCAUUAUUUUAUUAUUUGUUGCAUUAUUAUAUUUAUCAAUAGUUUUUUUUUUAUAUUAAUUAAAAUAGACGGGCUGGUCUAUAAAGUAAAAGUUGUUAAUGAAUAAAUUAAAAGUGCC